AUGCUGCUGGAGCUGGUCAGAGAUGUCUGCGCGUGCUCGGAGAGCAUGGCGGAGGAGCUUGCGGAUGCGCGCGGGUACGCAGAGCGACUUGAGCUCCGCAUGGAGGAGCUGGAGAGGAAGCUCAGGGAGAGAGACUGCGAGAUCGCGUCGAUGAAGGAGGAGGAGGAAGGAGCCACCUGCCUGCUCAUGGGGCAGGUAAGCACAUGCCAUAGGAGCCUCGCAGAAGUCGAGGGAAUGCUGAGGGAUGCGAGGGAGGAGGCGUCCAGGGCUCGCGGGGCCCUGGAGCAGAGGAGCGCCGAAGUUGUGCAGUUGAGGAAGAGGAUCAAGGAGGAGGCGGAGCAGGUAGCGGCGAUGAGGGAGCAGCUCGAGCGCGCAGAGCAGACGAGCAUGCUGCAGUCGGCCGUGGCUGAGUGGCGCAGGCACUUGAGCUUGCAGCGAGCGAGGAGGAGCGAGAGGGAGAAGGAGGGGAUGCAGGAGAGGGUUCUGCUGGCGGGCGACCUGCUAAGAGAAGCUGCUGCUGUUGCUCAGCACAUGAAGAGCAUCAUGGAAGCAGACAUGGCAGCCCUGGCGGCCGAACUGAAUGCCUCCGGGAGGAUGUUCGAGCAUGUCAACAGCACGCAACAACGUAGCUGCACUUGUCCUUGA